AUGGGUCGGGCAUAUAGUGGCGAUGGCGAUAAUAAAGCUCGCAGAUUUGUCAGUUUCAGAGGUCUUAUUAAAGGUUCCAGAGUUCAGACAUUUAGGCCUUCAGCAUCACCAGCUAGAGGAGAAUAUUCUUAUAGAGAGGGUUCGCAAUCUGGUAGGGGUGGCCAUCAGCCUAGCAGAGGUGGUCAUCAGUCUGGCAGGGGCAGUGCUCAGUCUGUGAGAGGAAUAUCUCAGACAGGCCGUGGUGGUCGUGGAGGCACACAGUCCGACGGUGGACGUGCCCAUUUUUAG